CGAACGUUUACCAACACCGUGGCAAUGAAAAUAACAAAACGUGCAACAUAAAGAUGCCCACUGAAAUCGAAAAUCUAAAUCCCAAUGUCUAUGGCAAGAUUAAGGAGCGAACCGUCACCGCAAUAGAAGCAGAUGAGAAUGUGCCAGAUCCUUUCGAUAAAAGGGAGAUUUUCGAUCUCAUCCGCCACAUUAAUGACCCGGAGCAUCCACUUACACUUGAGGAGCUGCAUGUGGUCCAGGAGGAACUGAUACGUAUCAAUGAUUCUCAGAAUUCGGUGCACAUCAAUUUUACUCCCACCAUACCACAUUGUUCGAUGGCCACCUUGAUUGGCCUGUCCAUAAGAGUCAAACUGUUGCGAUCUUUACCCACACGGUUUAAGGUCACAGUGGAGAUUACUCCCGGCACACAUGCAUCCGAGUUAGCUGUUAACAAACAGCUGGCGGAUAAAGAGCGUGUGGCUGCUGCCUUGGAGAACAAACAUUUGGCUGAGGUUAUCAAUCAGUGUAUAUCAGCAAAGGGUUAAUGGUAACGAGCGAGAUGGAGAAUUGGCUGGCGGAUGGAGAACGACAGGAGAAUAAGUUUAAUAUUAGUGAUAGAAUUAGAAAAUUGUAGAAAAAAAAACUUGUUCGUAAUUGUACGAAUAAAUUAUGUUGUACCCUAA